AGUGUUCAAGAGGAGCAGACGUUUUGUAACCAUCCCUGUCCCUGUCUCUGUCCCCAGCAGCUUCAGUGCCCCAUCCGUCAGGAAUGGCAGGAUCUGACUGUGGGGGUGCUUGAGUGGCAGGGCGCCCCACCCUACCCCGCGUCAGCACUGUGGACGGUGGGCUGCCAGCACCGACUUUGCCACAAAGACCAGACGUAAAGAAUCCUGGCUGGGCAGGGCUGCGGUGGGCUGGGAAGAGGGGCGGCUCUUCCCGGAGCGCCCUGCAGGGCUGCGCGUUUUCGUCUGGCGGAGGGGGCUGGGAAAAGCGGGAUUUGUAUCUGCCCAGAUCCAGGCAAAAAUGGCAGGGAGGGCUAGGCGCUCUGCUAACACUAUCAAUUAUGCAUAGUGUUGAACGUGGCUUCGGGGAGGAGGCGGCUAGCAGGGGUUGCGGAAGGGAACCGUGCGCGCGAGCCAGGCUGCGCGCGGCCCCUGCGGUCCGCUGGAGGUCUUUCUGUGCCACCCGCUGUAUUUGCAAAAAGUAUUUCAGGGCAGAGACACGCCCCCCCCCCCCUUUUCCGUUGUGCGCCUUGUCUGCCCCUAAAUUCCUCAAAGAUGGUUGGUCUCACGUGUUGUGGGGUGUAAAAGCGGCUUGCAUUCAAUUAGCAGCGAAGCUCGCGGGAGCUGGCGGGACGGGCGCGCGAGGGUGAGUGAGCAAUGAAUGGAUUGCGGGUGCGAAACGCACGGGACGAGCGUGCCUGCAAAGCGAAGCAACAGAUGCGUGAGGCGCCCUUGGGCUGUCAUCGAGUCUGGAGAAGGGGCUGCCCCCCAAAGGCUGAGCGCCGGGCAGCUGCGAGCUUCGGGAGCAAAGAUGGUGCCCCUUCGAGCCCUAUGGUUCGCCUGGGCGCUUCCAGCAGUGGUUCGAGCGUGCCCCGAGCCUUGCGCCUGCGUGGACAAGUACGCGCACCAGUUUGCGGACUGCGCCUACAAGGAGCUGCGUGAGGUGCCCGAAGGACUGCCUGCCAACGUGACUACGCUGAGUUUGUCGGCCAACAAGAUCACUGUGCUAAGGCGCGGGGCCUUUGUCAACGUCACCCAGGUCACGUCGCUGUGGCUGGCACACAGUGAGGUUCGCACCGUGGAGCCGGGGGCCCUGGCAGUGCUGAGUCAGUUGAAGAACCUCGAUCUGAGCCAUAAUCUUAUCACCAACUUUCCUUGGAGCGACCUGCGCAACCUGAGCGCUCUCCAGCUGCUUAAAAUGAACCACAACCGCCUGGGCUCCCUGCCCCGCGAUGCGCUUGGCGCGCUGCCGGACCUGCGUUCGCUGCGCAUCAACAAUAACCGGUUGCGCACGCUGGAGCCUGGUACCUUCGACGCGCUCGGCGCCCUGUCCCACUUGCAGCUGUACCACAAUCCUUUCCACUGUGGCUGCGGCCUGUUGUGGCUGCAAGCCUGGGCCGCCAGCACCCGGGUCUCGCUGCCCGAGCCCGACUCCAUUGCCUGCGCCUCUCCCCCUGCGCUGAAAGGGGUGCCGGUGCACCGCCUGCCCGCCCUGCCCUGUGCGCCGCCCAGCGUGCGGCUGAGCGCAGAGCCCCCGCUCGAGGCGCUUGGUACCCCUCUGCGCUCUGGCUUGGCUUUCACGGUACACUGCGUGGCUGAAGGCCACCCCACUCCCCGCUUGCAAUGGCAACUUCAGAUCCCCGGCGGCACGGUGGUCUUAGAGGUCCCGGCCCAGAGUAAGGAGGACGAUGAGGAAGGAGCAGAGGAUGGGGCAGAGGACGGAGAUGGGGAGGUUCCCACCCAGACGGAGGCGCCAACCCCGACGCCAGCACCUGCGUGGCCCGCGCCCCCGGCCACCCCGCGCUUCUUGGCUCUGGCAAAUGGCUCUUUAUUUGUCCCGCUCCUGAGUGCCAAGGAGGCGGGCGUUUACACAUGCCGUGCAUACAAUGAGCUGGGCGUCAACUCGACGUCAGUACGUGUGGCAGUGGCUGCCGCUGGGCCCCCAAAGCACGCUUCUGGUGUGGGGGGAGACCCCGACAGGCAGGUCCCAACCUCUGAGCGCAAAGUCACCGCCAAGGGUCGAGGCAACAGCGUCCUGCCUUCCAAACCUGAAGGCAAAGCCAAAGGGCAGGGGACAGCUCGAGUCAGCACCCUGGAGGCGGAGCUGGAGGAGGAAGCAGAUGGAGGAGGCGAGGUGGAAGACCAGAUCCCGGGGAACCCAGCCGAGGAGCAGCACUGCGGCCACGGGAACCCUUUUCGGUACGUGUCCAACCACGCGUUCAACCAGAGCUCAGAGCUCAAGCCGCAUGUCUUCGAGCUGGGUGUCAUCGCGCUGGACGUGGCGGAGCGUGAAGCGCGGGUGCAACUAACACCGUUGGCCGCGCGCUGGGGUCCCGGGCCCGGUGGGGCUGCCGGAGCCGGGCACUCCGGGAGAAGACCCCUGCGCCUGCUCUACUUGUGUCCAGCUGGGGGCGGUGCGGCCGUGCAGUGGUCCCGCGUGGAGGAGGGCGUCAACACGUACUGGUUCCGUGGCCUGAGACCAGGUACCAACUACUCUGUGUGCCUGGCGCUGGCGGGCGAGGCCUGUCACGUGCAAGUGGUGUUUGCCACCAAGAAGGAACUGCCCUCGCUGCUGAUCAUCGUGACAGUGAGCGUGUUCCUGCUGAUGUUGGCCACCGUGCCCCUGCUAGGUGCCACUUGCUGUCACCUGCUGCGGCCGCAGGCUCCGGACCCCAUGGAGAAGCACAUCGCAGCGGACUUCGACCCGCGCGCCUCCUACUUGGAGUCCGAAAAGAGCUACCAGGCGGUCGGUGGAGAGGGUGUCGAGGAGGCCCAGGGGAAGGAGCUCGACGAGGACCCGGAGCAGGGGGACCUGCACGGGGACCUGCAGUGGGAGGAGGGCCUGGCUGCCUGCUCCUUGGUGGAAUCGCAGUCUAAGGCCAACCAGGAGGAGUUCGAGGCAGGCUCGGAGUACAGCGAUCGGCUGCCGCUGGGUGCGGAGGCGGUCAACCUGGCACAGGAGAUCAACGGCAACUACAGGCAGACAGCGGGCUGACACCCAGUGAGCCCAGCCCGGCAGCCCCACCCCACUCUGGGCGCCUGGUGUGCCCGGCCGCAGAAGCCUAGGGCUGGCAGAAUUUAUGCGCCCCCUGUCCCCCCUCAAUCUCCUCACCCCUCCCUAACCAUGACCACUGGAAACCCCUGCUAAAAAGUAGGCCGAGUUUCCCUCCCUGGUCACCCGUGGGCGUCUUUCUCCUGAUGGAUUGUUCCCUGUUUUCCCCAAGCACACAGUUCUGCUUCAGCCUCCCCACACAAAGCGCCAUCCGCUGGAGGCAGGCUCAGUCUAUGCCCCUCCAUUCUUAGGCUUAUUAAACUCUACGAAAUCCGCAGGGCAGUCGGCCCAUCUGUGUGCCCUGGAGCUGAGGGAAGACAGGAAAUGGCUGGCGGUUACUGUGGCUCCUGGGCUUGAAGCGCGUGGGUCUCGGCCUUUUCUGGUGUGCAAAUACCAGAAUGCAGUUACUUUCUAAUUUCAAAUCCCCCCUCCAGACAGGAAAACAAAUCUUUCUGCCAAAUCUCUAUCCCUGCCCAGCUGGAGCCCAAUCAGGUGCCCAGAGCGCCUUGGAGUUCCGCCUUCUGAUUUUCCUCUUUCGUUAUUUUCACACACACACACACACACACACACACACACACACACACACACACACACAGAGUAACAUUCUGGGUCUGGUGCUAACACCCCUUUCCCAAUCUUUGGAAGACUGGGUGUGCGUGUAUCAAGAGGCAAGGAGAGGAAUCCGUUUCCUUCUGCCCCUCUCCUGACUAAAAGCGCCCGGGUACCGUGCUCCCGGGUUCUGCAGAGCCGGCAGGCGUCCGCGUCGGGAGGAGCAGGAGAGGGGCGCCCACACUAGCUACUUCUGCAGCUCACGAGGGCGCGCGCCCCCAAGCAGCAAGCGCGGGCGGGCGCAAGGCGCGGACUAAGGCUCCAGGGGCUGCUGGUCCUCGGGGACUGGCGCCCUGGAGCGCACAAAGCCUGUAGUCAGCCGUGGAGACUGGGGAGCCGCUCUGUCCCCGCCCCGCCCCCUCUCCGCGAGAAUAGUGUUUGCCGCGUGUGGUCCUAGCGGAGCGUGGUCUGUAGAAGUCUGUGUCCUGUAUGGUGUAGUGUAGUGGGGCGGGCGGGAGGCAGGGGGCGGGCAGUGGGAAGGGAAGGGGGAAGGGGCGCGGGGGCCGGGCGGGGUUCGUUUCUGGGUUUUACAGGAAAGCGUCACGGGUGGGUUUCAGGCCUCGGGAGCGACUCUCUAGGCCAAGCGCAGCACAAGCGUGGUUCGGGGUGGAGUAAUCAAUCCCUCGGAGCUCGCGUCCUUUUCUAAACGCGUCUGUGUGUACACUGUCAAUAAAACGGUUGCUUUGAA